CAUGGUGCACGUUGAGGCUUCCCCUGGUGCCGCUCGCCUUUUCUCCUCCCUGUCCAGUCCCUAUGUCCCCCUGGGGGUCCUCUACUUCGUCCAGGGCUUUCCCUACGGCCUCCAGUCCGGCCUCCUCCCAGUUCUCCUCCGCACCCGGGGCCUCUCCCUCUCCCACAUUGGCCUGACCAGAGUGCUGUACCUGCCAUGGCUGCUGAAGGUCAUGUGGUCUCCAUUGGUGGAUGGAGUGUGGGGCCGUCGGCUGUGGCUGGUCCUCUGUACCGGAGGGCUCGGUCUCUGCUGCCUCCUGUGCUCACUGCUGCCCCCUGGAACCGAUCUCACCUCUCUGGCCUGGCUCCUCCUGCUCAUGCACAUCCUCUCCUCCAUGCAGGACGUGGCGCUGGACGCAGUGUCCGUGGCGGUGCUGACGCAGGAGCAGGUGGGGUUAGGCAACUCUCUGCAGGUGGUGGCCUACAAGCUGGGAUCGGUGGCGGCCGGGGGCGGAGCCUUGACCCUGCUGGACAUGCUGGGAUGGAGGACGCUCUUUCUGCUGCUCGCGGUCGGGUAUCUCCUGGCGACGCUCUGCGCUUGGUGGGCGGGAGCCCUUAAAGGGGAGGAGCCAGCACCUCGAGAGAACUCCAAGGAGACACGGAGGAGGUGGAGUCUGGGCAGCGUUGCAUGGAGUGUGUUUCGGGUGCCAGGAACGGGGUGGACCAUCGUCUACGUUCUGAUCUACAAGCUGGGUGAGCAGGGAUCCCUCAGCAUGGUUCCCCUUCUGCUCCUGGACCACGGCGUCUCCCCCUCCGACCUCGGCCUCUGGAACGGGAUCCUGGCGCUGAUGGCUUCCAUUGUGGGCUCAACUCUCGGAGGAAUGCUGCUGGGAAAGGGCAGGUCCAUCCACUCCCUGCUGAGGACUGUCCUGAGUGUGCGGCUCUCCUGCCUCGUCCUGCAGACCCUUCUCCUCUCCGCUCUCGGGAGAGACACGACCCUUGUGAAAGGUGAGGGGCCCUUGUGGGGUGACUCUGUAAUGGGGGGGAUGGUGUGUCUUCUGCUCAGUGUGGUGCUGCAGCAUUUCCUGGCCGGAGUCCUCACCACUGCGACCUUCACUCUCAUGAUGCACUGCACCCGCCAGGCCAGGCCGAGCCUCCAGGCCAGUCACUACAGCCUCCUGUCCUCCCUGGAGGUCCUGGGGAAGGUCUCCUUCAGUGCCGUGUCCGGGCUGCUGGUUGACUCUCUCGGGGUCUCUGUAUCGUUCUCGGCGUUCAUCGCUCUGUCCUGCUUACCCGUCCUGCACCUCCGGAACCUUCCGGCAACGCUGUCCUGAGACCCGCAGAACCCAUCCUCC